UCAGAGCAGCAACUGCUGAGACCACCUUGAGAAGAAGAUGACCCGAAAUAGAGUCCUGAUUUGGGGGGCCCUCGCCCUGACCACCGUGCUGAGUUGCUGUGGAGGUGAAGACAUUGUGGCUGACCACGUUGGGGCCUAUGGCAUAAAUGUCUACCAAUCCUAUGGUCCCUCGGGCCAGUACACCCAUGAAUUUGAUGGAGACGAGGAGUUCUAUGUGGACCUGGACAAGAAGGAGACUGUCUGCUGGCUGCUUGGGUUCAGUGAAUUUAAAUAUUUUGACAUUCAGACUGCACUGAUAAACAUGGCUAUAUUCAAAUACAACCUGGACCUCCUGAUUAAACGCUCCAACUAUACCGCUGCUCCCAAUAAGGUUCCUGCGGUGACUGUGUUUCCCAAGGCUCCCGUGGAGCUGGGCCAGCCCAACACCCUCAUCUGUGCCGUGGACAACAUCUUCCCUCCUGUGAUCAACAUCUCGUGGCUGAGCAACGGGCACUCAGUCACGCAGGGUGUUUCUGAAACCAGCUUCCUGUCCAAGAGUGAUGAUUCCUUCCUCAAGUUCAGUUACCUCACCUUCCUCCCUUCUGCUGACGACGUCUAUGACUGCAAGGUGGAGCACUGGGGGCUGGACCAGCCCCUCCUGAAGCACUGGGAGCCUGAAAUUCCAGUCCCCAUGUCAGAGCUGAUGGAGACAGUGGUCUGUGCCCUGGGGCUGGCCGUGGGCCUCGUGGGCAUCAUCACGGGCGCCAUCUUCAUUAUUCAGGGCCUGCGCCCAGGUGGUAUCUCAAGACAACAAGGGCCCUUAUGA